UAGAAUGUUUACAUGUUAGUGUCCUCUGGACGUCCUUACGAUAAAUGAGUUAGUCACGUCUUCGGAGCAUUACAGCCGUCCAUCAGUUCCCAUCAUAGACCGAAAGAUCUCAGGAUUGCAAUGAACAAGAAAUUACGGAAGGGAGGCAGUAAAAAUAAAUUCACCAAGAAAGACUUUUUGGAAGUAGACCUCAAUGACCUGGACCAAAAUGUUCAGCAGAUACAAUCGGAAAUCGCUUUUCUGACAGAGACCAUCAGAAGCAAAAACAAUGAUCUUACCUAUACCUUGAAAACCAAGGAACAUCACCUGAAACAGAUUAUGCAGAGGUCUGAGGAACUGGAACCCGAAAAACCAUGCGCAAGAACAUACCCAAAGCCUCCCCCACCUCAGCCCCUCACCCUUUGUAUGGAGAGUCCGGUUAGUACAUGGAAAUUGUGUCCGGAAAAUGAUUUCAGACACUGCAAUAUUUUGAAAGCCAUAGAACAAAUUGUGCCAAAAGCCUUUGAGAAGAGACAAGUGAGCAAGAUUCAGUUUGAGAACACGAACGUCAUCUGUGGAACAGCGGGGCGCAAAAACAGGUGGUUGAUCACUGCUUCCGAUUUCCAGGUCCGUGACUUAUUACUACAAUCGGGGCUCGAUAUUGACGGUGGGCGAUUUCCUCUACUCCGCCAUGAUAAUAUUAUUGUCAAGGAUUACAAGGUGCACUUGAGAAGAGCCCUGUCCAAGAAGAAGAUCCUAGCUAAACUUGUAGAUUCCACUGAGUUGAGCAGCACCCCAUAACCAGCGUGGGGCACCAUGUAUUGUGAGAAGAUGCAAUGAUAUCACAUGUAUGGACACACCGAUCUGUCAAACAAUAAAACCCAUAAAAAUAGGGAUC